UGCCGGCGGCGCUGAGCGGUGGCAUCGCGGGGACGGGGCCGAGCACGCAGUGCGUGCAUCGCAGCGUGGACGUGGACUCUGUUGUGCAUCUGCUGCAUCUCACCGUGUGUUGCUGCGUCCUCCUGCUGCUGCCUGCUGCGCUGCUGACGGCUGCGGUGCUGCGGGGUGAGAGGGGGAGCGGGGUGGGGUGGCUGUUCUGGGUGCUGUGGGCUCCCCAUGGGGUGGCGAUGGUGGUGGAGCUCCUGUUGGAGGUGGGGGUGAUGCCGACCAACUGCAGUGCCUUUGAGAGCUUUGAUUUUGCACUGGGGCUGAGCGCGGCGCUGGGGGGGCUGCACUGCUGCCUCGUGCCCCUCACGCUGCUCCUCAAUGCCUUCUGUGGUCACAAAGGGGGGGGAAAGUGCUGAGCGCCCCAAAAGGGCACCCACAGCCCCGUCCCACACCCCCAUGGGUGGCCCCGAUGGCCCUGGGUCACAUUGCUCCCCAGCACUGCUCCCCCUGCACCCAUUGCUCUCCUGGCACCCAUGGGUGCCGCUGGCCUUUAAGCUCCCUGUGGGUGGCGCUGUUCCCCCAGAACCCCACAAAUGCUAUUGCUCAGCACCCACGGGUGCCCUUCAAACACCCCAAGAGUGGCAGUGCCCCUCCCCUCCCCCCCAGCACCUAUAGGUGGCACUUACCCCCCCUGACAAACUCUGCCCCCACCACCACCCGGUGGGGGGGUUCUAUACAAUAAAUCUCUCUGCAGCCCCAAUGCCCACAGCCUGGUUUAAUGCCUGGGGCGGGGGGGCAGGGGGGGUCUCCUUUCUCAAAACAACCCUCAUCCUCACACCCCGCUGCUGCCCCAUGGCUGACCCAUGGUGCUGUCCAUAGCUACCCCAUGGCCACCCCACGGAGCUCCCCAUUGCCACCCCAUAGCCCCCCCCACAGGAACCCCCACUUUCACCCCAUGGCACCGCUGCCCCACGGAGUCCCCCAUGAGCACUGUGGGGCUGAGCCCCCUUGCUGGCACAGCAGUGGCUGUGGGGCACAGUGUGGGAUGGCUCAGUGCUUCCUGAGGAUGCCCAUCCCCGGAAGCACCACGUUCCAUCCCAUUAUCAUCUCCGGUCCCGUUACCAUAGGGGUGUGGGGUGGAAGCAGGAGAAACUGCUCCUGGGGCUCCGAAUAAGGGGGGAGAUGCUUAAUGAGGCGCUGUGAUUAAUUAGCAGGAAGGAAAGUAAUCGAGCUUGGCAUUUGGUCAAUGCUUGGAAAUCCCCAUUAGGGAUGGUCCCAUGGUGACAAAGGGUCUGGGGGGGGGGGAAUAGAGGGGAACAGAAGGGUCAGGGGGCACAGAAAGCCCCAGAAGGUGCGCAGACACCAUCAGAGGACACAAGGACUCACUCAGAGGACAGAAGGGUCGGGGUUGAGGCGAUGCCUCGUGGUGGGGUGACCCCAAAUCCGACCCCACACCACGCGCCCCGGGCGCAGCUCCAGGACGGCCCCGUGCUGUGGUGAUGCAGUGCUGCAGCCGUGUGACACCGUGAAAUCACAGCUCCACCAGUGCCAGCGGAUGGGAUUGGGGGACGGAGCUCCCCUCCCACCCCAGCCACCCCAUAAACCUGCGGCAUCCGCACCCAGCAGUGCACCAGCACCAUGGGCACCGCGCCGAUGUGGAUCGUUGUCCUCAGCGCUGUCACUGCUGCCAUGGUCCAGGAAGACCUCUACAGAAAGGUGUUUGUGUUCCGGGAGGACCCCAGCGACGCAUACGUGCUGCUUCAGGCACGGCCGGAGCAUCCCAUGCUCAACUUCACCGUGUGCCUGCGCUCCUACACCGACCUCACCCGGCCCCACAGCCUCUUUUCCUACGCCACCAAAGCUCAGGACAACGAAAUCCUCCUCUUCAAACCCAAACCCGGCGAGUACCGCUUCUACGUCGGGGGGAAAUACGUCACCUUCCGCGUCCCCGAGAACCGCGGGGAAUGGGAACACGUCUGUGCCAGCUGGGAGUCGGGCAACGGCAUCGCCGAGUUCUGGCUGAACGGACGCCCGUGGCCACGCAAAGGGCUGCAGAAGGGCUACGAGGUGGGCAACGAGGCCGUGGUGAUGCUGGGGCAGGAGCAGGACGCCUUCGGGGGAGGCUUCGACGUCUAUAAUUCGUUCACGGGGGAGAUGGCGGACGUCCACCUGUGGGAUGCGGGGCUGUCCCCAGAUAAGAUGCGCUCAGCUUACCUGGCACUGAGGCUGCCGCCGGCGCUGCUGGCCUGGGGACACCUCCACUACGAGACCAAGGGAGAUGUGGUGGUGAAACCACGGCUGCGUGAGGCGCUGGGGGUCUGAGACCCCCAAGCUGUUCCCCUUUGCUGUCUCCAUCCUCACUGUCCCCUCCGCCCACUCGGCACAGCCGUGGGGAUGUGAUGCACAGAGAGAUGGGGACACCCCCAACCCCGGGUUGCCCCUCUCCUGCUGACUCCCCACGGCAUGCAGUGCUGGCCCCAUCCCUGUCCUGAGAUCCUUGUCCUUCCCCUGCUCCACGGCAGCAAAAUAAACCGUGAAAACUCCAGGUGACAAUGACAAAAGUGAGCGCACGUCGAUCCCGCUGGGGAUGGGAGGGGUGGGGUGGAUUUGGGGAUGGCCCCCCAUGAUGGGUGUGGGGGACACAUCGAUUGCCAGGGAUGGGAGGGGGUGACAUGGAUCUGGGGACGGACGCUUGUCCCCACACUUCCUGCCCAUU